GGAUGGUGCGGCCCGGCCGGCGCGUCCCGUUGCCGGGUGCGGCGGUGCCGCCAUGGCCGGAGCGGGGCCGGCGCUGCCGGGCUGCCUGGAGUUUGUAGCUCUCCUUAAGGCUUUUGAGAUCCCUGCCCCGUGAGAGCGCCUGUGCCAUGUGUGAGGAAACAUCAUUCCUUAAGCGGAGAAUCUCAGUCCUGGAGUUUGUUGUCACUGCUUUGUGAGAUUCAGGAAGACCUUCAGAGGCUUAAAAUGGAAAAAAUUAACUUGAAAGGAAAUGCAGAAGCCAUGGAUAUUUGUGACCUCAGAAAAGCAACUGAAAGGACUGAACUUGGGCUGAGAAAACACGCUGAAAAUUAUUUCAGUGUUACAAAUGGCCAAGAGUUAACUCUUUCUUCAGCUGGUAAUAAAGAAGUAAAUUCCAAGGAGCCCCCUAAGUGCAGGAAUCUUCCCGUUGGUGCCUGUCAGAAGCAGCUGGUUCUGCCACGAGUUGAGCCCGUGACUGUGCAGAGGUGCAGCAAAUCAGCCCCACGCGUGUGCCAGGGCUCUCAGCAGCAGGUGGAAAUGGAUUUUAAAAUUAUGCUUGACCCAGAGAACGUGGAUAAUAAAGCUGGUUUAAAACAUCCCAACGAUGAGACCAGGCUGCCACUUAUAGCUAAGAAAAAAUCUGCUCCUGUGUGCAGAAAGAAGACAGGGAAAGGUCCCACAGCCACCAGCCCUUGGGCUUUGCCUGCCUUUCACUCCCUGGGCUCUCCCUUCCCCCUGGUAGAAGAGGACACCCCAAAAGGUGGCCAAAGGCUCAUCCUUCCAGCAGCACAGAGAACUCUGCCAGCCCCUCCUGCUGUGCCCAGAGCAGCACCUUUCCCUGAAUUCCCCAGGCAGCACAAGAAACCAGCUGUAGGAGAGACAGACACCAUCACCUUCCCAAAGCCAAAGGAAGCCAUUUAUGGCACGUAUUCCUCUAGUAAAGGGAACAUUGCACCACUCCCAUCCAGCAAUUCUGUGGUUUCAACAAGGAAAUCAAAGGCAGAGUGGAGGUAUCCAGCUCAGCAGUUGGAAUCUGAGGUGCACAUUCCCCCUCAGACACAGCCCGCACAAACAGCUCAGCCCUGCCAGGAUCCCUGCUUGGACUGGGACAAUGCCGUUCACCAGAAAGCUCCAGGUGUUCUGGCACUCCAACACCCCCAUCAUUCCUCUUGGGGCAGCAUUGUGGGGUUUUUGGAACCCACAGAAAAGCUCCUCAAAGACCACUCUGUCCCCUUGGCCACCAUCAACGGCCAAAAGUUGGCACAAAUCACCUCGCACUUGGAUUUUAAAGAGAAUCCCACCAAAAGUGGCAUUUUGUCAGUGAUGAAGAAUCACUCAGCUGUGGAAAAGAUCCUAAACCGAGCUGGCCAGGGCUGCAGGGGCAGCGCAGGGGCUGCUGCAGGCACCCAAAGGAGGUGUCAGAGCCCCGUGGCAGGCUGGGGGCAGCAGCAGCAGCGGGCAGCAGGUGUGAUCAGCACUUCCUGGCGCUCCUGGAAUCACCUGGCACGGCUGAGGAGCGCCCUGAGGGAAGCACGCCACAGACACCUGGAGAAUUUCUACAGCAGGGCCAAGCAUCUGGCAGCCAACUGGAAUCGCAUCAGGACCUCCAGGAGGACUAUUAUCCAUAUCCCAUCAUUAGGAUAUUCCCAGCACAUCCGUGAGCACAUCCCUGACCUUGCUCUCCAGCAGAACCUGCAGAUGGGGAGGCUCUGUGACAUCCUGGAUGCCAACGUGGACGUCAUCUACAUCUGCCCCCUUGCUCUGAGUGAGGAGUUGCUGCAGUAUUACAAUAAACUCCUGGGUCUGCAGGCAGCUGUUAGAUCUGGGAGCCCCGAGGACAUGGCUGACCUGCAGGACAGGUUCAAAAUUCUCACCCCUGAAGCUAUAAACAGCUUCCCUGGGCAUCACAUGUGCCUGGCCACUGUGCUCAAGUACAGCCCCAGGACACUGCAGAGGCUCCAGGUUCUGCUCCAGGGCAGGGAUGCCUACAUGGUUGGGGGUGUUCCCCACCUGGAUGAUUUGGCCGUGGCUGACCAGCUCCAGGUGCCACUCUUGGGCUCAGAGCCAGCCGUGGCUCAGCUCUACAGCACCAAGUCUGGCAGCAAGAGAAUCUUUGCCAGUGCUGGGGUGCCAACCCCUCCUGGAGAGUGGGACAUCCACAGCACGGAGCAGCUGCUCCGUGCUCUCAGCCAGCUCAUCCUGGACAAUUUGGAGGUGCAGCGCUGGCUCUUCAAGGUGGAUGAUGAGCGUGGAGGGGAUGGCACUGCCUUCUGUGAUGUCAUUUCCCACCUGGAAUGCUACCCCUGGCUCCAGAGGGAACGGCAGGGACACGGCCCCGAGGCGUGGAGUGAGAGCCAGGCUCGUCGUGCGGAGCGGCAGCGCCAGCCCGGCCGGAGAACCGUGGCCCCAUGUGGUGUGAAAAAAGGAACAGCACUUGAAGGACUGGAGGAGCUAGCUUUGGUGAAGAUCUCCCAGGAGCUGCCGGGCCUUUUAGCACAGCACGUACAGCCAGUCAAUGAGAAACGAUUCCCUACAUGGGAAAAAUUCCUCCAAACAUUUCUUACUCAAGGUGGGGUGAUCGAAGCCUUCCCGUCCUCGGGCAGCGUCACCAACCUGACGGUGGAUCUGCUGAUAGAGCCCACGGGGGAGGUGACACUGCUGUCAUCUGGAGAUCAGCUCCACGCUGAGGGGCCCCUCAGAUCUUCUGGCACCACCAUCCCGCAGCGUUCCGUGGAUCCUGAGGUUCUUAAAGCUCUCUGCUUGAAAAUUGGGGAGGCCUGUAAAUCCAGAGGAGUGCUUGGCUACUUCUCCGUGGACUUCGUGGCUUUCACCCAUCCCCAGACGAGGGAGCAGCAGGUGUGGGCAACAGACCUUGACCUUUGCUACAGUGACCAGCUGGCCCUGAGUCAGCUCCUGGUGUACCUGACAGAUGGAAAUCUGGAUUGUGGCUCCAGCAUCCUGCAAGCACCUCUGGGAGCAAAGGAAAGCAAAAGCCAAGGGGUUCAGCACGAGGGGACAAAACCUCCUGCCCCCAGCAGCCCCUGGUGUGCCGUGGCCAGCAGCCAGCUGAGGCAUUCCAGCCUCUCAGGGAUCUCCUACAACCUCCUCCUCCACAUGUGCAAAGCUCGUGGGAUUGGAUUUGACCUCCAGGAAAAGCAGGGAACAGUUUUUCUGCUGUAUGAAGACCAGAAGCGACACAGCCUGGGAAUGAUAACAAUCGGAGAGGAUCUCCAGGGGGUCCUCCUGACCUUUGCUCGCAAUCUCUUCAUCAUCCAUCAAGAAAUAUCAGCACCUAAUAUGCAAGGCGAGACCAAUUUUAAGAUGGCAAUUCGAGAUAUUGAAGCAAUUCUAGGAGCUACAGCAGAAAACAAACUGAGAUUGGAAGAAGAGCAACCUUGGGAAGCAGAUGCUCUGAAAGAAUAGUUAACAGAAAAUGUUCAAGUGCCUCAUUCCUUAUGCUUCUGGAAAUGCUUCCUCAUCUGUAAGAACAGGUUUGGUUUUCCUUCUGAGCUGGUGUGUGAAGUACCAUUAACUGAGAGAGAAAAUCUCUGUGGUUCCUGCCUGUGGCGUUGGGAACAUCCCACCUUUCUUGUUGGAAAGCACAGGAUCACCCUAAUGCUCCUCAUGUCCCCGUUGUCAUUCCUGAAGUUCAGCAUGUGGGUUAAAAAUCUUAUUAAUGGGGUCUUUAUUGGCCUUUGUCACUGACUCAGAGCAGGAGGAGCAGAUCCACUGAAAACAGCCCAAAUUCCCCUUCCAACAGGCUGAAAAAGCACUGAAAGGAAAGGAGUCCAGGGUUAGACCUGCCUGAGCCCAGAGGCCACCAGGAUGAGCAGGGGGAUGGAGCAGCUCUGCUGGGAGGAAAGGGGUCGGACUCGAUGAUCUUGAAGGUCUCUUCCAACCCAAUCACUCUGUGAAAGGUUGGGAUUGUUCUCCUGGGCAGGAGAAGCUUUGGGGUGAGCUCAGUGUGGCCCUGAAGGGGCUACAGGAAAGAUGGAGAGAGACCUCUCAGGACCUGGGGUGCCAGGACAAGGGGGAAUGGCUUCAAACUGAAGGAGAUUGGGGUUAGGUGAGAUAUUAGGAAGGAAUCCUUCCCCGGGAGGGUGGGCAAGCCCUGGCACAGAUUUCCCAGAGAAGCUGUGGCUGCCCCUGGAUCUCUGAAGUGUCCCAGGCCAGGCUGGACGGGGCUUGGAGCAGCCUGGGAUGGUGGAAGUUGUCCCUGCCCAUGGCAGGGGAGUUGGAUCUGGAUGAUGAUUUUCCAACCCAAACUAUCCCAUGGUUCUUUUGCCUAUAAAUGCUUUAAUUGAAACCCCACUCCAUCAGUAAUGCCAGCAACCCACAUUCCUCUGCAGAACCAUCUAACAGAGAUGCUGCUUCUUCUGUUAUCUAAAGACUUUUGCAGCAGUUCUUUUGUGGUCAUUUUCAAAUUAUCAAAAAGAACAGUAAUAGCACUAAUUCAUCAAUAGAAUUCUCCUUGCACUCUGAUUCCCAGAAUUCCAUGACUUCUGCAGGUCUGUCCAUCUGUAUUUUGGACACUGGUGACCCUUUUGGUCACAACUGCUGCUGUUAAAAGGAAAACAUUAUAUUUGUAAAAUUAUCCAUCAAAAUCUUUAAUAUCCCAACAGACAACACACUCCACAUUUUACUAAGGAAGAGCAGAUCUCACUGCAUGGAGAAUGUUAUCCUAGGAAUGGCAAGUAUCCUUGGGAUUACUUCCCAAAAAGCUCAGGCAAAACCAGUUUUAACACAAAUACUAAACCAGACCAAGCAGCUGCACGAGUUCAGCACCCAGUUUUUCUGAUAGCAAAUCUUUGAUCCCUCAGCAUGAGACAUUAUUUUCUGUGGAGUUUUUUCCCCUUCUACAGAAUAAAUUCAUUGCAGAUGAAAACAUUUGCAUAAAUGCUGGUUCCUGCUUCAAAUAAAAAUCCACAGGAGUAUUUUCAA